CAUAAACGACGAAAAUAACGUUGCACCGCCUGUAAAUUGGAAUUUUACGAAUUUUUUGAUUACCUUUUUAAAUACUUGAAAUUCUUUACAUGCUUUCAUCAAGAUAAGAAACAAGCCGGGAUGCAUGAACUAUUUUCCACGGUUUUGACAAGGAAAGACCUGUCGAAAGCUGGAGAAUUGUUUUCCCUGGAAGAUAAUGACAUCAAGAAUGACUUGACGGAGGUUCUGGAGAGUAUCUGUGAGAUUGCUAAGAGCCCGGAUUAUUCCUCAAGCGACAAUGAUCAGAGUGUCGUAGAAAUAUGUAUCACCCGGGUCACCUCUGCAAUAAGAGAGACACACAGUAUAGAAGAGAAUGCAGCUGGACUGGUUAAACUCCUCGAAGUUUGUUACUCUCACAACUUGAAACAGUCAGUCAAAGAUACAGAUCCCCCACAUGUUAAAAUAGCAUCAGACAUUAUGAGUUGUCUAUUUAUGAUUAUUCAUGACUUGGCAAUACCAUAUGCUGUAAAGUUCCUCACAUGUGAUCAUAAGGAGUUAAGCCACAAUGUUGCCAGUUAUCUUUCCUUAGCAGCCAUUGACAAUGCAGAUAUGCUUGCCAAAUAUAUGGACCUCAUUGUAUCCAGUAUCUUGAAAGGAAAGUGUGCUUUGGCUCGCGUGCUACCUCAGAUUUUUACCCAGAACUCUGACCCAGUUAUACAACAUGUGGAUGAGCUGGUGGCAAUGGUGGAACAGUGCGGGGUGUCUGAACGUGUUAGUCUUUUACAAGUGUUCGGAAUGAUAGCAAAAUCAAAACCCAGGGUCCUGGAGAAACACAUAUCACUUUUUUGUAAAUAUAUCUCUGUAAGCACCUUACUUCCAUUGAUACUUACAAUGUUUGUUGACAUGGCAACAGCCAAUCCAGUCGUGUUUGUUGAUCAUGUGACAUCAUUGAAGGAAAUAGCUGAACAACAACCUGUAUAUAUACACCAGGUGGUACAAAUUAUUGGUGCAAUAGGAACUGUGUCACAGGUACAUGCAGUUAAAACUAUGAACUAUUUAGUGUCAUUAUUAUCUACGCUGAGCGACCAAUCAGCUCUGGUUGUGAUAUUACAAGAAAUAAAAGCACUUGGACUGCUACAUCACAAUUUACUGGCGGACAACAUCACGGAAAUCAGUAAAUUAUCGCAGUGUGGCUCAAGUGCUGUAAGAAUACUCGUACAUCAGUUGAAAGAUGAUCAUAAAAAAUAUUGUGGUCAGAAGGAAAUGAGAUCUGUGUCAAGUCAGACUGAAGGAACGGUCACGAUCAUCACCGUUGGUAACCCUGCGUAUCCUAGCAACGUGGUUGGUGUAAGACAACAACAACAAUCCAAUAGUACUAGGUCAAGUCAACAAAGUCUUUCUAAAGCUUCCAGAAAUAGUUCAUCAAAUGUCCGAGCGUUAAAUGAUCGACCUGUAAGUCCCGCCUCUACUUUGGACAGAGCAUCAUUAAACAGUGCCCUCACAUUGAGCAGUCAUUCUGGAUUGCCACCGGAACCAGUUCGAGAUGGGGUGCAGCAUUUUUGUGAGAAGCAUUUAAGUACGAUACGUAACUUUAUCAGCAGUUUGUCGGCCAGAAUACCUCUUCCAGCUAAAUGCAGCAUUGUUGAUGGCCGACAUAAACGGUAUGUAAGACUGAACUUUCAGUGUGGAAUAAAUGGGAAACAUUGUUUAUACGGUAAACAGUUCUUUACAUUGAAUACAAAACUACCAAAAACAUGGAUACAUCUCAUGUUCUUAGCUGUUCAGGCCCAGUCACAGUCGGCUUUGAGUCAGCAGGAUUAUAACGUGAGCAGUUUGAAGGCAUGCUGGGAUGCUUUAUACCCGGAGAAAGGCAACAGCGGUUAUCUCACUCUCGUUACUUCAUCAUUCCCUGUUGCUAAGGACCAAGAUGCUUUGUUACAAGAGAUGCACAAUGUGCGAUACUUUGAUGUGUUUGAGUUUAACGCAGUGAAGAAAUACUGGGCAUGUUUUAUGUGUAACCAUCCAGAGAAGAUGUCAGAAUUGAUGCCAGAUGGCAACCCUGUUAUAGCUGGUCAGCUAAAAGAAAAGAAGGGCAGAUGGAAGUUUUUAAAGCGUUGGAAGACAAGAUAUUUCACAUUGUCUGGUACCCAGAUUAGCUACAACAAAAGUGAUUCUAGAAAAGAAACAUUACCAGUUAGAGAGAUACAGAGUGUUAAAGCUGUGAGAAAAGGUAUACGUGACAUUCCAAAGGCAUUCGAAAUAUUCACUUCCGAUCAGAAUUAUGUAUUCAAGGCCAAAGGUCAACAGAACAUUGAACCCUGGGUACAGUGUAUCCAUUUAGCUGUGGCCAAGGCUAAUGACGAGGGCGCCGAGGAGCACCAGGUUGUGGAGGACAUGAUGUUACACAGACCGAGGGCUGCUGUGCGAGAUACCAAGUUAUAGCACUGUCUAUUCCAUUGUAAUUAAAGAAUGAUGCUAUUGGAUUGAUGUCAUUGGUCAGAUGCCAUUGGAUUGAUGUUAUUGGUCUGAUGCCAUUGGAUUGAUGUUAUUUGUCUGAUGCCAUUGGAUUGAUGUUAUUGGUCUGAUGCA